GGUUUUAUUUUUGGACUGCUAUGGAGCCUGUGCCUUCCAUUUGAAGGAAGGGGGAAUAGUUGAACAUGAGUCUCCCAUUCUGACAGUCCAGGCUGGGACAAGCAGGCAGCCGCCAGACAGCCCUGAACAGCAGAAACGCAGGGGACCGUGACUGAAGUGUCUUUAACUGUCUUCGGUUACGGUCAUAUAUUGGGGGCUGAAGAUUUCAUGGCUGUCAAUAUCGGCAUUGCUGCCCAGGCAGGCCUGCUUUCCCAGCAGUACCCACCUCCUCUGUUCCCCAAACCUGGGAAAGAAAAUGUCCGGCUCCAGAAGCUACUCAAGAAGACUGCAAAGAAAAAGGCUGCUGCCCAGGUCUCACAACCAUCCGCCCCUUUCCGCUCAAGCCUCUCCCCGGUCAAUGAAGCAAGCCCUGAUCUGGAACACAGUGAUCACUCAACUCCACCCAAGACUCCAGAAACACCUAUCUACAUUGGCACAGUACACCCACGUUUCAGUGUUCGACCACUGUAUCAGCAUGUACCAUCCCCUUACCCUCAUCACAGAGAAUUCACUUAUGGCAAGACAGCAGGGUUUCCAAACAUACUCUCACCAGUACCUGGACAUGACACACAUGCUACAGUUCCAAUCAGGAUUUUAGUGACUGAAGAAACCACACACUUGGUCAUGAAACUUGAUUCCCAGGAAAAUACUCGACAAACAUUACAAAAAGUUCCAAUCCCUCAGCCAACAAUUUUUAAUGUCUCUAGAACAGCAAAGCCAUUGUUUGAAGUUCCUCAAAUUUCCAUUUACACUGCGAAGUCAGCAGGUUUUGGAACAUCUUAUUAUGCAUCUUCACCAACAAGGAGUAGAACACCUACUGCAGAAUUACUGAGAGGCCCAACACCAACAUUUGAGGUUAGAAGGAUUGUAACACCAACAAAUGAAAUAAGAAGAGAUAGAACACCCACCAGAGAAAUCAGAAGGGUUACAACACCAACAUUUGAAAAGAAGACAAUUACAACCCCAACUUCAGAAAUUAAGAAAACCCCAACUCCAACUGCCGAAAUAAAAAAAGACACAAUUCCAUCUUCUGAGAUCAAGAAGGUCAGUGCUCCAGCCUCAGAGAUUAAACGAGAUGCAACUCCAACACUUGAGAUAAAACGGGUUACUACUCCAACACUUGAGACAAAGGGGGCUACAACACCGAGAGUAAGGACACCAACAUUUACCUUAUCAAAAACAUCUUCAGGGCGGCCCAAGACACCCUCAGAUAAUGUGCCACGUGUUAGAGCACCUGUGAUUGAGAUUUUAAGACCAAAUCCACUUUUAUUUGCUGUAUCUCCUGUGCACAUGGAGGGCAGAAGAUCAAAAACGCCAACCUCAAGCUUGGUUGAACCACAUGAUGAGAUUAAGGUGAAUGACACCAGUCUUCAAAAUGGUGACAUAUGUGUCAAAUCAUUUGAACCCUUAAAAGUACAUAAAACCGCAUCUGAAAACUUGUUAAAACUUGAAACGUCAAAGGCCAAACCUCAAAUACGGGACACUCAAACACCUGAAAUCUCAAAGCUUAUUGCAAAUGAUCAUCCAAAGCCUGACACUUCAACAACAAGCAAAGGACCUACACAGUCUGUUUUAUCUUUAGUUGGGCAUCAAAUACCUAUAUCUAGAGUCACUCCAUUGGCUAGUCAAAGACCUAAAACACCAACAACCAAAUCCACAUAUUAUGGAUUGACCCCUGCUGAAUAUGUUGCCCAUGGAGGAAUAAAAAAUUAUUCACCCUCAUUUAGCAUUACUUCACCAACGGUAGAGACAUCUCAACUUCCAAAACAGGAACCAGUAGUACCUCAGCCUAAUGUGGCAGCAAAAGAGGAUACAAAGGCUGAGGUAAAACACAAAGAACAACCAGAAAUUCAGCCAUCUCAGACUGAUGUUGUUAAACAUGAAAUUACUGUAGCUGCUCCACCUUCUGAGGUUCCAAAGGAAGCAGCUGAGACUAAAUCCAAAUCUGAUGGAGACAUUCCCAAGAUAUCUGUGCCAGAGGAAACCAAAUCAAAAGUAAAACUUACAGGAUUACCUGAUGUUAAAAUUCCAACCAUUAUAGUUUCUGUAGCUGACAUACCACCAUCAGAAGCACCAAAAGCAAAGACAACAAGCACUGUGACACCACGAGUCAGAACUCCAACCUAUGGAUCUCCCAGACUCGCCCAAAUGACACCAAUCCCUCAAACUGUGAAUGAAACUAUGAAACCUGGAACUAAAGCUGCAAUAUUAUCUGACCAAGAUGUGGGAAAGCCAGCACUGCCAAAGUUGUCAGAAGGUCAGAUUAAUGGCCAACCAACCAAAGUGCCAGAGAAGCCAACAGAGGCUAAAAUGUCUUUGUUGGAGAGAAUUAAAAAGCAAAAUCUAGCAUCUUUUUCUUCUGAAAAAGCUCCUGAAAACCAUGAAGAGGAUAAGGCUGGGGUUAAGCCUCUGGCUAAACCAAAAGAAGACCAAAAGGACCUUAAAACAAAGGAUGCUGAACCUGAAAAAGUAGACAGAUCGGAGACAAAAGUUAGUACCCAACAGGAGAUCAAGCCUGCAGAGGAAAAGAAGGAGGAGGGUGACCACUCCUCCCUGUCUGCAGAGCCUCUCUUGAAGGUGAUCCAGAAACCAAAAGGCAUGAAGUCAAAACUCAGUGGCUGGUCUCGCCUCAAGAAACAUAUGGUGGUUGAAGCAGAGGAGGCUACAUUUCCAGAGCCUGAGCCUGGGUCAACUAAAGAAGUGCCUGCCAGUGCUGAUCAAAAUGCAAGUGAAAAACAAAAUAAGUCUGAAGAUGAAGCUAAGAUUAUUGAGAGCCAGGACAGCAAAGACUCCCCUAGGGCAGCCAAAAUGUGGGAUGCUGUCCUCUUCCAAAUGUUCUCCACUGAAGAGAACAUAAUGCAACAAAUUGAAGCCAGUAAAACUGAAGACCAGAAGAAAAUGGAGGCAGAACAGAAGACACCAAAAGAAAUUCCGACAUUCGCACAUCGCUUGCCAGUUCUGCUUUACAGCCCACGGUUCAAUGCCAGACGACUAAGAGAGGCAGUUUCACGACCAGCGACAAAGAUUGCAACAGUUUUUGAAAUGGGGCUCAUAGGCCGCAAAAAUAAAGAUGAAGAACCAAAAGACUUUAAUAGAACAGCCAGAGGCUUCAAUGCUUCUAAAACCACUGACGUCUAACUGGACGACAUAUAAUUGAUGGGCAAGGAUAUUGUAGGAUUUUAUUACGAUGGUAGAGUUCUGAAAACCAUCCAAUUUAAUUUUCUUUAUAAAUUUAUAGCUUUAUAGCAGAUCAGUUGGCAAGUAAACUAAAUGGAUAUUUUCUUUCAAACACACAUCAGCAAAUUUUCAGUACCAAAUAUUAUUACCCAUUGGUCAGCUGGAAGUAGCCAUUUAAGCUUUAUUCUAAUCAGGAAAAUUAAUGGAUUUAUUUCAGACAUCACUUUUAGAUUAAAGAGUUUACUGAAGAGACUUUCAAAGCUCGUCCUUCAAUGGCAUACAUUUUUGUAAGCAUGUGAAAUAUGUUAAUAUUUUUAUAAUAAUUAUAUCCCAGUCAAAAAAAUAGCUUAGUUAGAAACUAUGAUUCAUUUACAUAAUUCAGUAAACAGGAAUAUUUGUUCAAGUCUCACAAAAUCUAAGCAAAUCAAGAGGCCACAGUAGACAUAAAAAUUGGGUAUAACAUUUUUCAAUAUAUUGUCAUUUAAGAAUAUUCAGUUUACCCUUAAAUUUUUUUUCUGACAUCAGCUUUUUGCACCUAACACUACAAUAAAAUACACAUACCUUUAUCUCAGCUAAAACUGUCUACAGCCAGUAUUCUUUGGUUCUUAAUGAAGAAUACAAUUUAGGUAAAGUGGCUUAAAAAGUCUUUUGGAAUUAAAAAGAGUCUCUCUCUCUCUCUCUCUCUCUCUCUCUCUCUCUCUCUCUCUCUCUCUCUCUCUCUCUCUCAUAUAUAUAUAUAUAUACACAAUACACAAAGAUAGGGAGAUAAAUUUAAAGAAAAAAGUUGUAUAUGUAUACAUUUAGUAAUUUUUCUUUUUUUGCUUUUAAAGAUAACAUGCUAAUUAUGGGUGUUGAGGGGCAAAGCCAUGACUGUAUGAUUUAAAAGUGCAGGAACAAUUGAGUGAGAGUUUUAGGAGGGUGAGCCAGUGGAACUGGGUAACCACGGAAGCAAGAACCAGAAAUUGUAUAUGAAAGGGAUGUAAACAGUAAGUAUGCUAAGAAUUGGAACUUGUGCUAUGCCUCAUAAGUACUGAACGCAAGGCAUGACACACUCUGCAGACCAGAGCAUGCCUGCAGAGAACUGUGUACUUGGUGCUCAUAGUUGACAAAUAGCUUUCACUAAUGAAGCCCUAAAAAUGGCCUGUCCAAACCACAAACCAAUGUGAAUAGAUGACAAGAGUGAAUACUGACUGUCAACUUGCGCAUGUUCUUGUUUCAGGCUUAGGACAUGGUAAAAUGGGCUUGACCUUUGCUUGCAUGUUUGUCUUAUGCUGCAGAAACCAUCAGGGUGAGAAUAUUUUCUCUGUACUGAUGGUGAUGUGUAAAAUGCUUUGCAUUAUAAGGUGCACUGUUCUAGAUUUAAUGUUAUUUUAUAUAUUUUUCUAAUAAAAUACCUGAUUUGA